AUGAACGGCCCCCUGUGCGCCGGCAGCAGCACAAUGAGGGCAUGUGCCCGCAUACAGGGCUCGCAGUUGCGUCAUGUGGCGACUAGACUGCAGCAGGGGGCACGCCGUGGCGUCCCUGUGCAGGCAGCAGCGGGGGAGCAGACCAAGCAGCUGCAGCUGCCCCGCGAGGGCCAUAUGCUAAUCUCGAAGACCGAGGUGCCCUCCUUUAUUCAGAGGGACGACAUGAUGGACCAGCUGCUGCGGUGGGCGCUCAUCGAGGCGAACGAGGGCGGCCUCCGGAACUUUGGCAUGCCCAUGAAGGUCCAGCCGACGUACAGCAACGAGACUCUGUGGGGUUUUGAUAUAGAGGUCAUCAAGGAGGGCGAGAAGAAGGCCGACCUGGGGGUUAACUUUGACAGCGACAUCGCGCUCAAGCACGAGUGGGUGGGCAGGGACCAGGACGGCUUCCCUACGAUGGAGGGCAACGCCGAGCAGGUGCCUGGCAAGUACCUGGAGAUCUGGAAGCUGGACCCCGUCAAGGUUGACGAGGACACGCGCUCCACCAUCCGCGCCUUCUGCAACGGGCUGGUGAUUGCCCUCAACCGUUACUACGCAUUUGGCAGCGUGUUUGCGUGA